AGUAGCGGCAGGUGGAAGGCGGUUCGGAAGGAGCGCGGAGCCCCUUCGGCCUGCGGGGAGUCCCUGGGCGGCGGGCGGCGAGUGUGUGCGGCGGGAAGGGGGGAUGCUGCAGCCCGGAAGAGACCCUCCGCCGCGGCUCUGAGCUCGCCGAGCCCCCCGCGGCAGCGACUGCGGCGCCGCUUCUCCCCGCCGGGGCCCCCCAGCGCCCGGGGCCGCCGCUGGCGAUGACCGGAGAGAAGCUGCGCUCGCUGCGCAGGGACCACAAGCCCAGCAAGGAGGACGGGGACCUGCUGGCGCCCGGAGAGGAAGAGGCGGCGGCCGCGCCAGGCAGCGGCGGCGGGGGAGCCUUCACCGGGGGCCGGCCGGGGGGCGGCAAGAGCGGCCGCGCCGGGAGCAACCGCAUCUUCACCACCAACCACCACCGGCUGCCGCUCAAGGGGGGAACCGGCGGGUCCGCCGCCGUCGAGCCGGACAAGGGCCCGUCGGCGCAGUUCCCCGUGCACGAGUGCGUCUUCAAGGGGGACGUCAGGCGGCUGUCGGCUCUGAUCCGCACGCAGGGCAUCGGCCAGAAGGACAGCCACGGAAACACUCCUUUACAUCUGGCUGUGAUGCUGGGGCAUAAAGAAUGUGCCCACCUGCUUUUGGCCCACAAUGCUCCUGUGAAAGUGAAAAAUGCUCAGGGAUGGAGUCCUCUCGCUGAAGCCAUCAGCUAUGGAGAUAGACAAAUGAUUACAGCACUUCUAAGGAAACUGAAACAACAGUCUAGGGAAAGUGUUGAGGAAAAGCGACCUCGGUUAUUAAAAGCUCUGAAAGAGCUAGGUGACUUCUAUCUUGAACUUCACUGGGAUUUUCAAAGUUGGGUGCCUUUACUUUCCCGAAUCCUGCCUUCUGAUGCAUGUAAAAUAUACAAACAAGGUAUAAAUAUCAGGCUUGACACAACACUCAUAGAUUUUACUGACAUGAAGUGCCAACGAGGGGACUUGAGCUUCAUUUUCAACGGUGAUGCUGCACCCUCUGAAUCCUUUGUAGUUUUAGACAAUGAACAAAAAGUUUACCAGCGAAUACAUCACGAGGAAUCUGAGAUGGAAACAGAGGAGGAAGUUGACAUUUUGAUGAGCAGCGAUAUUUAUUCAGCAACAUUAUCAACCAAAUCAAUCACCUUCACACGUGCCCAAACAGGAUGGCUUUUUCGAGAAGAUAAAACAGAAAGGGUAGGAAACUUUUUGGCAGACUUCUACCUGGUUAAUGGACUUGUCUUAGAAUCAAGGAAAAGACGGGAGCAUCUCAGUGAGGAAGAUAUUCUUCGAAACAAGGCUAUUAUGGAAAGCUUGAGUAAAGGUGGAAACUUGAUGGAACAAAAUUUUGAGCCUGUCAGGAGGCAGUCUCUUACUCCACCUCCACCAAACACAAUUACAUGGGAGGAGUACAUAUCUGCUGAAAAUGGAAAAGCACCUCAUUUGGGUAGGGAACUGGUCUGCAAAGAAAGCAAGAAAACAUUUAAAGCCACAAUAGCCAUGAGCCAAGAAUUUCCUCUAGGAAUUGAAUCGUUAUUGAAUGUUUUAGAAGUAAUUGCACCCUUCAAGCACUUUAACAAACUGCGGGAGUUUGUGCAGAUGAAACUACCACCGGGUUUUCCUGUAAAGUUAGAUAUACCUGUAUUUCCAACCAUCACAGCCACUGUGACUUUUCAGGAGUUUCGCUAUGAUGAGUUUGAUGAAUCCAUCUUCACAAUUCCUGAUGACUACAAGGAGGACCCUAGCCGCUUUCCUGAUCUCUAACUUAACUGGAAAGUUAGCAGUAAAUAAAAAGAAAAUACCAGCAUGCCACAAGGAGACAGGGAGAGAGAGGAUGCAGGUAGCCCACAGACAUCUGUCUAAAAGUGGGUGAAGUACGAAGGGACAGAACUCGCUAAAAUGAAUCCAGAAAGGGAACACACCGUGAAUCUCAGUCAGUUGUACCAUAUAGCAAACAUCCACCUAGUGUCUAAACGAAAGCUGGUCUCCUGCUGUGUCACAUGCAUUUAUACAUCCAGACCUGCAAGCAUGAUAGCCUGGCACCUCAGUAAGUUCCCCCUGCCCCCCCAAAAACUUACAUAACAGCUAUAAGGACUGUAAUUUGUUCUUAAUUUUUUUACGUUUCUCGGUAAUAAAAGCACCCUUGGACCAUUAGCAUAAAGAACUAAAAUGUCUUACCUGGCUAUUAGCCCUUUAAAAUACCCAUCUUACUUAAGCUGCUCUUAUAACCUUCCUUGGAGCUUUGUUUUCAUAUAUUGUAAAUUCUGUAAUAUUUGUUCAGUAAAUUGAGCAUAUAGUAGAAGGAAUUGAUUUUCUGCAGACGAAUGAACCAAAUGGUAAGCAUUUAAACAGUUGCAUUCAUUUACUGCAAUACGUUUCAGAAUUAGAGCCUUCACUCUGCAGGGAAUAAGGUACCUCCUUUAGCACCUUAGUGCAAUUCAUUGUGGUGCUAUUCAUACCCCCCCCCCCGCCAACCUAUCAUUUCUCCAAUGUAAGUUGUUACUAAUCUUAUAUAAAUCUGCAGAUAUCCCCUCUGCCCUCCCCACCCAAGCUGGUUGGAAAUGUCCUUGCUGUGUUCGUUAGAGAGCAUGCUUGGAGAUUAUUAAACAGCCCACAGGUUGAAUCACUGACAUUCUUUUGGGUUCCUCAGAGCCAUAAAAGCUGCCCAUCAAACCUACUAAACUUGUAUUUGUUAUCCAGUAGUAUUUGGGAAUAUAUUGAAUAUAUUACUACAAUAAUCUUGGUUUAUGCUUUCAUUUCCCAAAGUGCAAACCUAGAUGUGAAUAGGGGUUGCAAUAGAUUGGGGAUGGAGAGUACAAAAAUGAAAGUACAAGAAUAAUUAAGGUAUUUCCAGCAUGGGUAGCUACAGAAAGAAGAAUGUUCGUUUUUAUUCAGAAGGUUUUUUUUUUUUAAUAAAAAAAUUAGAAUCUUCAUAUGGUUCCACUGUAUGAAACUUGAAGAGAAACUAUCCUUUUUGGCUCUACUGGAAAGAAUGUGUCCAGAAUUGUCAGUACUAUGUUCAUUUGUAUUCCAAGGCUUUUUAGCUUCCAGUGAUGUGUAAAUGUACAGAAAUGUAAAUAUUUUCAAAGGUAUAUUCUUUGUGCAGUCUAGUCAUUUUUUUCUUCUUCUUUUGGAAACUGCUCAAAUCACUUUCAGACUUAAGCCACCAUGCUAGUUAACACACCCAGUGCUGGUGAUAACUUGGAAUGUCAAAUGGGCUGAGGUGAGUCACAGUGCACAGUAAAACCAGACUCAUGAGCCACAUAAGCUUUGCCAGGAAAAAGGUUUCAGGCAUAUUCCCAAGUCCUAUAGCUUUGUACUGUUGCAGUGUGCAGAGAGGAAACUCGCGAGAAAAAAAAUCUUCAUGACCUAAAAUAGGGGCCCAAAUGUUGGGCCCAGUUCCACAAAUACUGUAAAUUUGUUUAAAGCUUCAAUCCUGAGUGAUGUUGACAGUGAAGACUGACAGUUCUGCUGGCUUAGUAUAUCAUUGUAGCUGCCAUAUUGUGGAAAGUUCCAUUUCACUACCAGUAUCCACUGUCAGAGGAUAUUGUCUGCCUGUAAAUAGAAAAUGAACUUUGAAGGCAGAGCUGUUUUGUCAAUAUUUUUUUUAAUAUAUAAAAAAUCAUGGUGUUUCCCCUGCCAGAUAAUUUCUGUAGGAGACAUUGGAUUUGAAGGUGCUUGACACUUCAUGUUACCUAUCCUGGGAGUAUUUCAUAAAACUACUGAGAUGCUUAAAAUGAUAUUUACAAUGCUGUUCUCACACCAAUGAAUGGUGUGUGGUAUGGGCUUGAUAGGUGAUGGCCACUAAACUGUGGAAAUAUGCAAUUGGUCAUCUCCUACGUAUGUAAAAUUACUGGAUAAAUAAUGCCAAAGUUGUUUUUCAUCGAGUUCUACAAAAAUAAAUGUUAGCCCAUGAACUGUCAGACUAAUGUCUAGCAAGUGGGUCUCCUUUCACGGUAACAAAGAACAAUGAACUUUGUGCUAUUCAAGUCACAACCUUGUGUCCUUCUGUGAAGAAGGGCUUAAACCAGGUGGAGGUGCUGCACCAUUUUGGAGGACAGAAGUGAUUUUGGAGCAAUGUUAUUCUGUUACACCCCUACUUUAAAGAUUUCAGUUUAUGUUGUAUUUCAUCCCAUUUUAAAAAAUUGUAGCUACAUAAAGGGAGUUUAGUUUUGUUCCAGUAGUGGAUUUUCAGGAAAAAGCAGCACCCGUUGUUGCUGGCAAAACGUCUGCAAGCAGAUGCAUAUACAAGCAGAUCUCUGGUAUGCAUCAAGCUCCUGGUAUGUCAAUUCAGGUAGUUUAGCCACCCAUGCAAUAGGAAUGUUGUACAUUGACUCUGGAAAAAAAACACCUCUGUAAAGGGAGCUCCAUGCCCGCAGUAAUAUUCCCAAGAGUUUACCGCUGGAUUAGGAAGUCUUGGAUCUGAGAUUUUGAUACUUGGUUAUUAAAGAAGAGUAGACAUAAAUAAAUCAAAAUUAUUUAGCACUUAGGAGUUAAGCACUUAUAUUUUCUGACAUACCGGUGUCACAGCUAGGAACUUCAGUUGGGCAUUAUUACUGUGUCCUGGAGAACAUUUGAAUCUUUCUCAAGGAUUUUUUUUAUCUCACAAGGGUAUUGGGAAAGCAGGGUGGGGGGGUACAUUGCGAAGCAGCAUUCAUGCAAACUGUGCUAAAGUAUCGCAAUAGAAGAACCAGAAAGAGGCCAGAUUAUAGGUUAAGUGCCUCUUGCAUGCUUAUAGGUCAUUGUUGGAUAUAACAUCUGUGGGAAGCAAGAGUGUAAAGGAAGUAGCAUUCUGAAUAUUUUAGACUGAUGCAAAAGUAUACAUGAACUUGACUUUCUUUGAGGCUUUUGAAACUUCUCUGAAAUACCGUAUGUCCUCUUAGAAACCAAGCAAAGUGUAUUGGUAGGCAUAAAUAUGGAAUCCUUUUAAAAAGAAACCCCUGAGCUCUUCCUUAACCAAACUCAGUUUUACUGGUCUUCCAAAUUAUUGCUUUAACUUGUGGCAAAGGGAAUAAUCUUUCUUUCCAAGCAGCUGAUGUUCGUCUCCUUAUUUAAGUUUUAAACUGCAAUUGAUGGAUACCUAGCAAUUUUUAUCAGAUAGUACAACAGUGGAUAUAAAUCUGUGCUGGAAACCUACCUUAAGUUGAAGCAUAAUAUAUUCAAAAAGUUCAUUUUUUAAAUAUAUACUUGUUGAUUUUGAUUCAUUAAAAGUUAAUUACAUUAUUUAAACUUUAUUAACAAACUUCCUAUAAUGCUGCAAUUUUUCUUUUGACAGUUUAUAAUUGUGAAAACCUAAUGUCAUUUUUUGUAUAUUUCAUGUGUUCUUUGUCUAAUCUAAACUCACUUUCACUAAUAGUGUUUUUGGUUGUACCACUUAGAAUAAAGACCAAAAGAUGCUGUUUGCUUUUGAGACUGAACAUAUGGACAUUUUCAGAAAUCUAUAUUCUACCAUGUGUGGACACUUCCUCCUUAUUAGAGGAAGGCUAAAGAAAAAGGAUGUUACAGUGUAUCACUUUCACAAGGACAUUUUAUUGGUCAAUUUUUCAAUAAAAUCCUCAAUUUUCAGUGCA